GCGGCGAAUGGAUAAAGCUGUGAAUGAACGGAGCGACAGGCGGUUAUCUUUUUCGCAGAGCGUCGCUGCGAUUAGAGUGACGAAGCCUCGUGGAACUUGGCCGUGAGAGGAAGGAGGCAGCAUGGGCAUCGCUGGCCACGACGAAAAUAACGGAGGCACAUGUAGCGUGAGUUUGACGACGAAUCGCAUCGAUCGCUGCGCGAAGUAGCCCACGCUUGAACCACAGCCGGGUUUCCUCAGAAAGAAAGAAACACGAUCAGCGGGGAUUGCAGCUGAUAUGAAGUUCGGCUCCCGCCGCGUUCAUUUCGUGGGCAGUCUAUGACGUCUUUGUCUCAAGUGAAACGGCGUAACGGUCGAGCCGCGCGUGCAUUAUCGGUUUUUGUGUUAUGGGGUUUCGCGUAGGAGCGUUGCCGUUUCGACCGCCACCCGCCAGAUGUCGCCACGGUGCUAGGUGCCUCGCUUUUCGCGCGCCUUUUGAAUUGUGCGCCGGUGGCCCUCCCGUAGCAAUUUGGUUUCUCUGACGCCUUUCGUUGACAUGAAAUGGGUCGCAAAUGUUUCGUGCCUAACUGCAAGAGCGGUUAUGCCUCGAACGGGAAACGAAUACGGUCCUUCAAGGCGCCGAGUGACCCGAGACGCCUGACAGCUUGGGCGAAAGCCAUCGGACGCACCGACAGGCAGCUCACGCCGGACUGCUACGUCUGCGAGAGGCACUUUCCGAGUAGCGUCGUCAAAAGGCAGAAGUGGUUCGUCGAAUACAAAGGCAACGUAUUGCUCGAACACCCUAAGAGGGCGGUGCUGGAGAUGGACGCCGUACCGACCUUGAAUCUCUGCCGUCCACUGGAGGUGACGCCCGAGAUGGAAAUUUCUGGGAGUAGUGAGAAGCCGAGUGAAAUGUCGGUCGUCAGUACGAGCAACGAUCAGUCACCAGAUGACACCGAAGGUUCUCCCGAGAAAGCUGCGAGAGUGGACAGUACGACCUCGCCCGUUAAUCAGAAGCCCGAACUGCCAGUUAAGAACUCGGACGCUUUACCGCGCGUACUUAAAGAGCUCAUCGCUGGAGCACCGUGUGCACAGUCGCCCUCUUCGUCAGCCCCAAAGAACGCGCCAUCCACGUCGACGCCAAAGAGCACCGUGCCCUCUCCCGUUGCGUUUAACAGCUCGUCGUCUUUUAUGAUGCAGACGACCUCGCCAGCACGUUUUACGCUGUCGAGCACGAUGCCUCCCGUCUCGCCGAUGACCACGUCCGCUCCUAUGAUGAUCAGGAACACGUUGGCUCCGUUUGCACACAUUGGUGCACCGUCCACGCUGACGCUGAACCGCGCGUUACCUCCUCUGGCGCUGAACAGCUCGCCGUCGACGCUGCUGCUCAUGCCGGUGGCGUUGAUUCCGAAGCAGGGGGAAAACAGCCCCGCCAGCGUCGCGAUGCGCGUCGUGCCUGGCAAUGCACAGCUGCCCGGAAACCAUCUGCCCGGAAACCACCCGCCCGGAAAGAUGACGACCGCCCUGGCGUUCAGGCUGACGGGUCCUGGCCAUACGGUGACCAAGAAGCCCGUCGCGGCUGCUGCGGCCGUUCCUGCCAAGCGCGAGGACCACCAGCGGCGGCGGCCCGACGACGUCGUCGUGGUCAAGGAAGAAGUUUUGUCGGACGACUCCGGAGACAGCGGUGGAGGCUCGUCGGACGACGGCGCCAGCUUCGCGGAACCCACUGCAUCGGUUAAAAAGACAUCGUCGGCAGCGAGAACAACGCCUAAACCGGGCCAGCCGAGCUCGGGCACCGUCCGCUUGCCUCUGAGCAUGGCCCUAGGAGCGGACCAGGUGCUGCUGCCGAGCCCGUCGUGGAACCAUCACGACGUGGAUAUCGAGUCUACGAAUGCCCGCAGCUUGUGCUUCGUGGAGCUGCAGUGCAGCCCCACGUCGGGCCCGCCUUUCACGCGGCGCAUCCUGCAGAUCGUCCAGUCGGCCUCGUCUGGCUACAGCAUCAAGUGCUAUGUGCUCGACCGCGAGGUGGAGGUCACCGUGCUGCCGGCGGGCUCCCCGCCCCCGACCGUGGAGGAGAUCGCCGAGACGUUGCAGGACUUUCACGCCAGGACCGUGUGUCGGGGAGGGCUAGCCCGCAGGGACCUGCCCGGCGCACGCUUUGAACGGGCUUGGCUGGACAAAACUGGCGUCUGGAGGCACGACCGGUGCCCACUACUCCUCUACGGUGGCGAGACGCAGUGCAAGUUCUGUGCGAGCCUGCCGAACCCUUUCAACCCCCCUACGACGUCCACGAUUGAUAAGUCUAAACUGCAGCAGAAACACACUGCAAGAAGUGGGGUAAAAAGUGAAACGUGAAACAUAUAGAGAAAUGGACGUGAAGGGACUGGUUAGGUCUACCACGGGCAGCCUUGGGAAGUGAAAGACGCAUCGGGAAAGUGAGCACCAUGUCCUGGCAAUACCACCAGCUCAAGCUUUCCUGAAUGUGUGCUGAGGACAAUUGCACCGUGUGUUGACAGUGCGUGCUUGAACAGGGUCUAAUUUCAGGUGCGGUGUGACGUAAAAGUCACAUCCACAGUGUUGGUGUGCCUAAUUUGUUGUGUAUGAGCCCAUCUACGCAGGCCCGCACCUACUGCAUCUGAGAGCCACAAUUCAUGGUUUUCACCAUCACCCGUGGUGCAGUUAUGUGAGUAAGGCCAUAUGCCAUGCAAUGGGUUUGAACGAGAAGUCCCUUUGUGCUGUUAAUUUCACGGGUGCUAUGUGCAUGCAUAAAUAACAUGGCUUGUGAUGUAGCCCACACGUUCAAAUGACCUUCCUGUAACACUGCUGAGGUGUAUCUGUCAUCCAUGCUUAAAACUGUUCUAAUGUCAUUUGCCAGCCGUAAUAGCCCGUCGAUGUAUUCACAAUUUCUGGCACUGCGGUUGUGCUCACUGAACAGAAGCAGCUGUCUUCACUGGUGUUGCAGGCUUUUCAUUAUAUAUCUCAAGAAAGUUAUUGCUGCUGUUGACAUAGUUGCUUUGAUAAUGCUGGCAGUGCUGGAGUCAGAAUGAUGGCAAACACAGUAGCUAAAUUUCAGGUAGAUUGGAUGUUCCGAAGCCUGUUGCUUUUCUAACUUCAUAUAUUGAAGAACUGUGCUAACAUUGACUUCAACUGAUGUAGUGUGCAUGUCAUUCAACAUUUAGGACAUUGGCAGCUGUUUCAUAUCGCAUGGUGUAAAACCAUACCAGGGCCAGCUGCAUGCAGUUUGCUACACUAUGCUGUAUGACUGCAGCGUGACAUUCCCCCCAAGGGAAAAACAUUUAAUUUUAUUAAUAAGGGUAGGGUAGUAAAUAACAGCAAUGUAUGGGUUCUUUGCCAUACAACAUCAUUAUUUGCUAUAGUUUCGUGCAGAUUCUGUUAUUUAUUUUUAUUUACACUUUACCUACAUCGCCACAAGGCAUUACGUAGGGGGUGGGGGCGUGCAAAAUGGAUCACAACAUAACAAAUAGCAAUAUAUUGUUGCUAUAGAUUGAAGGGAACUUUGACACUGUGGUUAUUCAGCUAUUGCAAGCACCAUGGUCAGUACAUGGAUCUUUCUUGACCUGGGCAUAGGAUUUUUUUAGGAAGCUCAUCUGGCUUCCUAUAUUGCUUUAUUUAACCCUUUAAGUCCCAUUCCAGAGUGUACUCAUCUGGCUGCCGAUGCACACCCUUGGCUAUGCUCGAAAAAAUUCUGGAACGCGAGUCAUCCAUAGACUAGUUGAGCCAUCUAUACAGAAAGUGGUUAAACUGACAUGUUAAACUGACAUGUUAGGGUAGGCUUUUUUUUUGUGUGACAAGAUGGUGUGACAAAGCUUACAGUCAGUGUUGCUCUUCUCUCAUUUUCGGACAUGGUAGAUCACCAAAAAUUAUUUUAGCAAUGCUGAAAUUGAAGAAUCUCUUAUGAACUCUUAUUUAAAAGAUUUCGAUGUUGCAUGCGAGGUGUCUUCAAGCAACAAAGAGGCCAUGUUGUUUGAGAAAAACUAUCAAGAUUAUUAAUUAGCAUGUCUUAAUAUUUCUUCCAAUUUUCAAAUUAAAACAAAUGUUCAGUAGCGAAUCACCAAUUUGAACUUAAAGCUUGCUAAUGUUUUAAUUAGAAAGUUAAUUGUUGCACUUAGAAAAAAAUACUCAGCGCCAUGUAAUGAUGCUAGGAGUUGUGCAUUAAAGAUUUGAUGAGCUGUGAUGCAAAUGAACAUAGAAACCAAUUAGUGCACUACACUGCCUUUUUUAGAGCAUUGAAAUCUCUUAAGGGGCACUAAAGGCAAAUAAAGUCAUACUACAUUUAUCCAAAACAUCACAUUUACUGAAGACAGCAUUUUUGUAACUGAGAAAGUGACAUAUACUUUGGACAAGAUUGGUGGCUCCACUGUGAAAAUGUGGCAUUCACUCCCACUAUGUAUGUGUGAAUUAUGAUGUCCCAUUUGUAUAUUUUUAGCCAAUGACACAUAAAAGCAGUUAUGACAUGCUUUAAUAUGAAAGGAAAUGCACUUUGUGUGAUUUCUGUAUACAGAAACACACUGGCACCUCCCAUUCGCACUACUAAAUUUUUAUGUGGGGGUUGUGCCUCUGACCUCUGAUAUUAUGUGGAAGUGGUGGCAGAGUAUUGCCUCUUAGGGUGUUGGUAAAGCAUAAGAGUUUUACUUAACCAUGCCAUUUGUCUCAGGUGAUUUGAAUUACUGGUGCUAACAUAUGGGCCAGAAACUUGGAGGUUAACAAAGAAGCUCGAGAACAAGUUAAGGACUGCACAGAGAGCGAUGGAACGAAAAAUCUUAGGCCUAACGUUAAGAGACAGGGAGAGAGCGGUGUGGAUCAGUGAACAAACGGGGAUAGCCGAUAUUCUAGUUGACAUUAAGCGGAAAAGAUGGAGCUGGGCAGGAUAUAUAAUACAUAGGGUAGAUAACCGAUAGACCAUUAGAGUUACAGAAUGGGUACCAAGAGAAGGGAAACGCAGUCUAGGACGGCAGAAAACUAGGUGGGGUGAUGAAGUUAGGAAAUUUGCAGGUGCAAGUUGGAAUCAACUAGCGCAAGACAGGGAUAAUUGGAAUCACAGGGAGAGGCCUUCGUCCUGCAGUGGACAUAAAUAUAGGCUGAUGAUGAUUUGAAUAUGUGACUCCUGAAGUAAUAAUUUCUUCUGAAACUAAGUCAUCUUUUGGCAUUAAAGAAACAUUGUAAGGUUUCUCGAGGAGUAGUCUGGCAAUCUAGACUUAUUCUACAUUUGCCUUUAGUGUCCUUUUAUCAUCCAGAAAUAAUUGCCACAGAGUUAUCAGGAAAUCGAGGAAGUAAUGACUGUGUGAGAGAGGGAGAGACGAGAUGAAGGGAUUUUAUUCUUAACACAAAAAUUACAAAAUAUGUAUACAGGCAAGGGUGCCACAGUAGUAAUACUGAAAGUGGGACUUUGGGCAGUGUUUAAGUGCUAACGCUCAGUUGCCAUUUUUGACAAAUAGACCAAUCUGUAGUUCAGUGCUUUAACUAUUUAUUAUGACCACUGAAUUUCUGAUUGGUUAAAGAUAGUGGUGGUUUUCAAGAAAUGACGCAUAGCUACUCUGGGCAUGAAUUGGGUGGCAUAGGAAAGCAAAGAUGAACGAAAAAUACAGGUUAUAUUCGUGAACGUUAAUAUAAGCCACUAGUGCAUUUAAAUUAUGUCCACUUCAGUAAAAAAAAAUUAUGUUGUGACUGUUUCGGCUGAACUGCCAUAUUGGCAGCUGCUGCAGGUACUAGUAGUGUCAGCCUUCUUUUUAGCAACGUCCAUCCGAUGCCAUGAUCGUUGACACUUGUUAGUCUUUUGGUUUGUAUGCGGCAUGCCAGGACAAUUUGCUAGCUGGCUUUCAGAUUCUGGUUUAAUAGCCACGUCAUUACUUGAAAAAAAAAAAGACCUGUGUGUGGCACUGCUCGACGACCAUGACAAAAUAGCUCUCAUAAGCAAUUGUAUUAACGUGUGUAUAUGAGCGAAGACAGUGAAGAACUGCCAAGUGGAGAAAUGCACUGUGAGGUGCAUUUCUUGUGCAACAUCCAUGUGCACAAGAGUGGAACUGGAGAUCUUAGGUACAAGAGAUUUUGUACAUCAGGUAGCAAUCAGAGGAUUUGCAACAGUGUCUAGUUUUCUCGCCAGGGGUUGCUAGCGGCCUGCACAAUUUUGUGUGAAUGCAAGCUUUCUAUGGCAGCUAAUCCUAAUCUCCAACAACUGCGCAUGUCAGGCCUCUGCUGGUUUGGCCAAAGCUAAACAAAAGAAGGAAAAGGUUCUGUACAAACCUGAUAAGCACUGCAUCCUUCCGCAGUCGCUUUAGUUUUCAUCUAGUCAAAACGUGCUGCAGCUUUACAAGCUCAACACCCUACUUAACUUGUUCCCAAUGAGACAUUUGCAUCAGAAGUAAAGAAGAAUGGGCUGUUGGGGUUUUGCAUGGGCUAUGAAGUACCGAGCCCACCAAAUAUUUGAAAAGUUUGAGGAAGUGGAGAAGGCGGGUGGACGCUUGUUUGAGGUGUAGAUGGAGAUAAUUGCUAGGGUGGGCAGAGUUCAUCAUGAUCGCCAUUUUUUGCGUACACCAAGUGUUUCCUGCCAUCUUUCUGGUGUGCCAUUGUGCACAAAUGAAUAAAUCUUGCUGUUGAAAUAAGUGCUCUUUGAAAUUGCUUUAAAACUUUUCUCCUUUUUGUUUGUAGAAAUCAUCCAUUCAAUCUUGUGAGUGGCAGAGAACAUCGAAGGAACUCUAAAAAAAAUUUAUAAAUCAACCUAGACUGGUACUCUUCGAAUUGAUAAUUAUCACUGCACUUCCUCUGAGAGCCUACGUGAUCUCCGACGUAUUAUUGGGGCGCCUAUUUAAAUGGGCCCUCCAAGAAUUUUUUGAACGUGGUAAAUAAACUCUUAUUGUCGCAUUGA